GGUACCUUCGCUUGAGCAGAGAACUGUAUUUUAAUCUUUCAAAUACAGUUUUUUCACAGGUUGAGGGGGUGGAGUUCUAGAUGAGGGAGGUGGUGCUGAAGGGUGGGGCCCCCUGGGGGUUCCGGAUGACAGGGGGAGCUGAUCAACAUCAUACUCUAAAGAUAUCCCGUGUAAAUCCUGGUAGUAAGGCCGCUGAAAAAUUAGUGCGGGAAGGAGAUCUGAUCUAUAGAAUAAACGGUUAUGAUACAGCCAACCUCUCUAAUCAGGAAGCCCAUAUUUUGCUGAGAUCUUGUAAAGACAACCUCUACCUCAUCUUAAAUCAAAAGGGAAAAGAGCGGAGAAAAGAAACAGAAAUUGAUUUAUUACAAGGCUGGGAACAUUUGGAUAAUAUCAAGAAUAAUACGGAAAAUCCGGAAACGGAAAUUAAAAAAGAUCCGGAACUAAGUGAAGAGGAAGAAACGGCGAAACAGAAUUAUAGAGAAGAUACGAAAAAGGAAAAUACCCAAAAUGAAGAAAACAAAAUGGAGAAUGAUUUAAAGAAUAUUGGAAAGGAGGAAAAGGUGAAAAAAUAUUUGGAAAAAUCCAAAUUAAUUUCGUUUAAAUCCUUGCACAAUAUCCACCUAGCAUUCCUGCACGAACACGAGGAUAAAAUUAAGAGCCCUCUACCCCUGCCCGCUACUCCAGAGUCCAUCUUCUUAAAACUCUUCCGGGAGAGAAAACUCUCUAACCAUUCAGAGGAUGGAGACACCUCUACUCUCCGUUCUAUUCAUGGUAAUUCUCUCUUUUCUUAUUUUUAA